UAAUGUCGUAUCUAUAUCGCCGAUAUGUCGCCGUGUUGUGGCUUGAGGAAAGUGACGGUGGCGUAGCGCGGAGAGCUUGUGCUAGCUUGUGUGUGUGUUAGCCGCGGUGGGUUAUUCUGACAUGUCUGGUCAGGGGACUGUCCUCUUCUUCAUGGAGGAGCCAUUGCACGGAUUGUUCUCCACCAGCAGCCUCCAUUAUAGCGACACGGAGGAGCUGACACGGUCCACGCACACACACACACACACACACACACACACACUCGUGUCCACCGUGAGGAGGCUUUUAGGCAUCUACGUGAAACCUCAGUGGCCAUUUUUAAAAUUCUGAUCUUCUGAGAGAUGUUGACAUGAAUGGUGGCUUUUAGCGCUCACGUGCUUGGUUGUGAUUCCCAAUCUUCUCAAGUCAGGUAUGUCACACUGGUUCACCAGAAAAUGGAGGAAGACAGGAAGAUGAGUCUCCAGAGGAAGAGCAGACACCAGAACAAAGGUCUCCCUGAUUUUCCAGGGACCACGCCCCCCGUUGAUCGAUGGAGGUACUGCAGUGUGACGGCUGUGACUUCCGUGCCGAGUCAUAUGACGACUUGAAGAGCCACAUUCAGGAAGUGCACACUGUUUUCCUGCAGCCCGCGGAUGCUGAUGAGUCGGAGUCACUGAAGGAUGAUGAAGAGGAUGACGAGGAAGAUGAGCUGGGAGAUGACGCAGAAGUGACUCCUGAUAAAGCUGGAAUAAGUCCUCAACCUGCUGACGGUUCUGUUCAGUCUCCACAGAAGAAAACGGCUGAAACCCAACUGCAGUUUUUCCAAUGCAAGUUCUGCGUUCGCUACUUCAGAUCCAAGUUGUUAUUAAGGAACCAUGUGAAAAAGGUUCACGACGCGGGAGAGGACGAUUCCAAGGCUCACAAUUCCACACCAGCAGCUGAACAGUCCGGCCACUCUGCCGUACUGCAAAACGACCAUUCUAAAGUGUUCUCCUGUCAGUACUGUGCAUACAAGUCUCCACGGAGGGCAAGGGUCAUAAAGCACGAAGCUAUGUAUCACAGCAAAGUUCCUGCAGAAGGCGCAGAACUCCAGACAGAAUACGCUGAUGUUGGCGAGGACUCAGAGUCAGCAGCUGGACUCAUGAAGGGAACGUUUGCAUGCGAGUGGUGUGACUAUCAGACGGACCAGAAGGACAGCUGGACUGAUCACGUGGUGAAGGAGCACAGCGACAAGGUCAAGAUAGUUUCCUGUGUUGAGGACAAAGAAGGAGAGGCGAGUGCGAGCCCGCCCAAUCCAGAGUCUCCCUCAAGCCCGCCCAGAUCAAAGUCCAGUUUGACUGAUGGCAGUGAUGAGUCAACAGAAAAAACACCAUCUGAGAAAACAAAUGUAGGAAUCCCACCCUUUCAGUUUGGCCUCCUCAGAGGAGUCACACCCAACAGCACCGGAUCCUCCAUUUUAUCCAAGAGAUUUGCUACGUCUGAGGCCUCGAACAUGGCACUGGACUCCCACUUGCUGAAUGAGGAUGACUCAAACAGCAGUCUGGAGGAUAAUGACGAAGAGGAUCUAGGUGAUAUUGAUGAUCCCAGCUACACUGGAACGCUGUCAGCAGAUGCCAAGGCGCUUUUGUCAGAUGAUGAUAAUAAAUUACUGGAGACUAAAGGAGUUCCGUUCAGGCGGUUCAUGAACCGAUUCCAGUGCCCCUUCUGCUCCUUCCUCACCAUGCACCGCCGCAGCAUCUCCCGUCACAUUGAGAACAUUCACCUCUCUGGUAAAGCGACGGUUUAUAAAUGUGACGAAUGCCCCUUUAUUUGCACCAGCACUUCAAAACUAACCACACACAAGCAAACCCACAGCCCUGUAGACCUAGAGACGUUGGACCUAACCAGUGACAGCCCCGAGCCUCACAGUGACAGUAACUCAGAAACUGUUAAUGGGAGUUCCAAAGUCAACGGACGAAAGACCAGCAUAUCAAACGACUCGCUAAACCCUCAUCGCUGCACGCUCUGCAGCUUCUCCACGACCACACUGAAAGGUCUGAGGGUGCACCAGCAGCACAAGCACUCCUACUGUGAUGACCUAGAUCCCACUGUCUAUGAACACCAGCUGAACGAACAGCUGGAUGCAGAAACUGACUUGUCUCCUAUUUAUGUGCAAAAAACUCAGACCUCCAUUUUAGGACUUGCUACCAAAAAGUCUAUCACGCCAGGGAAAAGAGCCAGGAAGUCCAUUAAUGACUUGCCUUUGGAUUUGUCCUCCGUCAAAAAGCGAACUAGAAUCGAUGAAAUAGCCAGUAACCUCCAGAGCAAGAUUAGCCAAAGCCAGCAGGACUUGAUCAUAAAUCUGGACGACGUGGACGAUGAAGACGGAGACCAUGACAUGAGUGUCGAUAAAGAAGAGGAAGACGUGAAUGGACAAAAUCCUGUUUUCGCUUACAAUGCACAGCAGCUGCACUCAACAGAAUCUAUUCACGAUAUGGGACGGAUAGGGAAAAGGAAAAACAACCCAAAAUCCAAACCCAGAAGCAUCCCUAUCACGCUCACCCUGUCUGACGACAGUGAAAACAUUUCCGCAGAUCUAAGCGACAGUCGAGAUGCUAUCCCAGAACACAGUGACUAUUCGGAGGAAACUGGAAUGACCAGGUUCUACUGUAAGCACUGCGAUUACCACAACAAGUCAGCACGAAGCGUGAGCACUCAUUAUCAGAGGAUGCAUCCCUACAUCAAGUUCAGCUUCAAAUACAUUCUGGACCCAGAAGACCAGAGCGCCGUCUUCCGCUGCUUAGAGUGCUACAUCGAAUACACCAAUUAUAAUGACCUUCACCAACACUACAUGGACCAUCACCCGGAAGCUAGCAAUGUUCUCAACUUCAACCAGCCGAACUUGGUAUACAUGUGCCGUUUCUGUUCAUACAAGAGCCCCAACGUCAGAAGCCUGAUGCCCCACUACCAAAGAAUGCAUCCCACCGUCAAAAUCAACAACGCCAUGAUCUUCUCCAGCUACGUGGUGGAACAGUCCCACAAAUCCGGGGAAUCCCAAACGCUUAGAGAAAUUUUGAACUCUGGUCCCAAAAGUUUUAACGCUGCAUCAACCCCAAGAUCGACUUCAAGUCCAGUUACCAAGCCUGUUGCCAAGAGUCCAGAUGCAAACGCUGAGCCAGACCCUUUCAAGGAUGCGAUUGGUGGAAAUGUCGUCGUCUAUGAUUGCGAUGUUUGUUCAUUCACCAGCCCCAACAUGCACUCAGUGUUGGUCCACUACCAGAAGAAGCACCCCGAACAGAAGGCGUCAUAUUUUCGUAUCCAGAAAGCAAUGAAGGUUGUUUCAGUUGAUCAGACUUCAUCAGCUGCCAACACUUCUUUCAACCUCAGCAUGUCUUCAACCCCGAAACAAUCGAAUGCUGCUGUUUAUGCGUCUGACGAAGAAAUGUACUACUGUAAACACUGUGUAUAUAGCAACAAGUCAGUUGUGGGAGUGCUGGUCCACUAUCAAAAGAGGCAUCCUGAAGUGAAGGUGACUGCCAAAUAUAUCAAGCAUGGCGCUCCGACCCCAGGUCUGAUGAAAUUAAUGGAUGAUUUGCAAAUUGCCGCCCCGAAACAGUUUUUGACACAAUUCCAAAACAAUGGCCAUGAUGGGAACUUGAGUCCCAAACCAGGAGGUGGGGAAGACGAGCUGUUCUUUUGCCAGCACUGUGAUUAUGGAAACCGAACUGUUAAAGGGGUCCUCAUUCAUUACCAGAAGAAGCACCGGGAGACGAAAGCUAACGCUGAUCUUGUCCGUCGCCACACUGCCGUUGUCAGGAGUCAACGUGAACGUGCGCAAAUGGUCCAGUCAGGCGGGGUUUCGACAGCGACAGUCCCAGCUCCCCAGGACACGGAAAAUGCAGCACCCCUUCGGUCCCUCAAGUGCAGACACUGUACCUACACCUCUCCCUAUGUCUACGCCCUGAAGAAACAUCUAAAGAAGGAGCACCCGACUGUGAAGGCGACAGCAAUGAACAUUUUACACUGGGCUUAUCAAGAUGGCAUUCUGGAAGCUGGCUACCACUGCGAGUGGUGCAUUUACUCCCACGCUGAUCCCCAAGGCCUGCUGCUGCAUUACCAAAGACGCCAUCCAGAGCAUAACGUGGAUUAUGCAUACAUGGCCAGCAAGUUGUGGGCUGGACCUGAAACCAAUCAUCAGGGAGGCAACGGCGAAACGAGACACUACAAAUGCAAAGACUGUGCCUUUGAGGCCUGUUCUAUAUGGGACAUCACCAGUCACUACCAGGCAGUCCACCCCUGGGUAAUUAAAGAAGACGAAUCUGUGCUUUUGAGUAUCAUCAAGGGACAAGGCUCGCCAGAGAAGGCCCAGCAGCAGGUUGCCAAAGAACAUGCCUCCUUUAAGGUCGAGUUGGUGGAAGACGACAGUCCUCUGAUCAUCGCCACCACACCUCAAGAAAGCAACCCCCCUCCGUCCCACCCACGUCUUUCCAUCUCACACAAUCCUUAUCAGUGUACUGUGUGUUUGUCAGAGUACAACAGUCUUCAUGGCCUCCUCACCCACUAUGGAAAGAAACAUCCGGGCAUGAAAGUCAAAGCUGCUGAUUUUGCACAGGAGGCAGACAUCAAUCCCAGCUCUGUGUACAAGUGUCGCCACUGUCCAUACGUGAACUCACGCAUCCAUGGGGUCUUAACACACUACCAAAAAAGACACCCCUUGGUGAAGGUGACCGCAGAGGACUUUGCCAAUGAUAUCGAGCAAAUCACUGAUCUCAAUGACGGGGAUGACAAAAGCAAAACACAAAGGCAGGGCUAUGGUGCAUACCGCUGCAAAAUGUGCCCCUACACACAUGGCACUUUGGAGAAACUCAAAAUUCAUUACGAGAAAUAUCACAAUCAGUCUGCCACCGAAAUGUUUUCUCACUCUCUGACAAAUGUCUCGUAUAGUCAAGAAGCUGAGCCAAUAGCCGAAUGCAGUGCCAGUAAUAUAUCAAGCACAGCAAAGGUCCAGGACGUCAGCGAGCUGGACUUUGCCAUCUCCCAGUUACCCAUCAGUAAGACAGAGAAACACGCUGUAUUCAGGUGUCAGCUCUGCAAGUACUUCUGCUCCACGAGGAAAGGCAUCGCUCGCCACUACAGAAUCAAGCACAACAAUGUCCGUGCGCAGCCAGAGGGCAAAAACAAUGUCUUCAAAUGUGCUCUCUGUUCAUACACCAACCCCAUUCGCAAAGGCCUGGCAGCCCACUACCAGAAGCGCCAUGAUAUUGAUGCCUAUUACACUCACUGUCUGGCUGCUUCCAAGACCACCGGAGAGAAACCAAACAAGAUAAUUGCACCACUCCCACCAGCACCCGAUAACUCAGAGAUGACCGAGGAAAUACGUUUGGCUCUGGAAACAAAAAAGUGCUCUCUCUGCUCCUUCCAGGCCUUGAGCAGAAAGAGCAUUGUGUCUCACUUCAUCAAACGCCACCCGGGUGUCUUCCCGAAGAAGCAGCCUGGCAGCAAGCUGGGUCGCUAUUUUACCAUUAUCUAUGCCAAAGAAGAUGAGAAAGUUGAAACCUCGCAAGAGAACGACACGAUGGAGGUCUCUUUCGAGCAAGAGCAGGACGAAGACGAUGAGCGACUCCCGUUCAAGUGUCUCAAAUGCUUCAGGUUGUCAUUCAGCACGGGCGAGCUGCUCUCUAUGCACUACAACGACUACCACAGCAACGACUUGAAGAGAGACUUCGAGGUGUCGCCAGUGCCCGGGAACGAGGACUCCGAGUUGUAUCAGUGUUUCCAUUGUCAACUGAAGUUUCUGACGCUUUCAGUCCUGGCUGCGCAUCUGCUCAGCCACAACGAGGAAUUUGAGAAGUGGGCGACCAAGCAGGAACAGAGAAUGAAGCAGAAAACUGCAGAUCUGCCAGUGGCCAAACCUCUGAAGGAAGCACCUUCGAGCAAAAUCCCAGUAGGUUAUCGGUGUAACUUCUGUGUGGAGGUGCAUUCCACCCUCAGGGCCAUCUGUAAUCACCUUCGGAAGCAUGUCCAGCACGGAGAAGCCAAAGAGGGACAUGUCAAGCAGGAAGUCAGCGAUAUCCCUCUGACUUUAGCUUCAGAUGCCCUGACGAACGGAGACUUGGACAGGGAUGAGGCAGCUGACAGCGACAGCCUGGAGGAUGCUGGGUCUGCAGAGGUGGGCUCCCCCAUCAUCACCAGCAUUAGCGGAGGAGUCGACAUGGACCCGGAAACCUCGGAGAAGCCCGCAGUCGAAGGGCGGGCGGCUGCACUGGUGGCUGCUGCCCGGGCUGUGGCGUCGGGGUCCCCGCUGAAGCAGCGGUUAUCUGCGGGGGGUCACCCGUGUGGCCAGUGUGACAGAGUCUUCAUGUCCAUGCAGGGACUGAGGUCCCACGAGAGGAGCCACUCUGCUAUGGCACUGUUCAGCAAAGAGGACAAGUACAGCUGCCAGUUCUGCCAGUUCGUCUCGCCCUUCAGACACAAUCUGGACAGACACCUUCAGUCCCACCAUGGACAUCACAAGCCCUUCAAGUGCAAGUUUUGCCCCUUUAAAUCAUCAUAUUUGAGCCGCCUGAAGAGCCACAUGCACAAAGCACACACAGGUGAGCAACACGCCUACAAGUGCUUGUCCUGCGCCUUCUCCUCGGCGACCAUCAGCCAGCUGAAGGAGCACUCGCUGCAGGACCAUGGGGAGGAGCUGACCCUGCCCAAACUCCGGGCCGCUACUCAGGCUGCUCACGCCAACCUCAGACCGUCCAAGCUGAACAUCAAUGCUGAGCAAACCCCUCUGUCGUCAGACGAUCCUUCCUACCUGGAGUCAGCCGACGUAGCUGAGCAGCUCUCCCACUACCAGCAGGCAUCCCUCGGCCUCGUCUCCCCCGCCGCGGGCUCCACCACCGACCACCGGCCGGAGGGGUUCCUGACGUGUCAGUUCUGCGAGUUCAGCUCCGGCUACAUGCAAAGCCUUCGUCGCCACUACCGCGACCGGCAUGGAGGAAAGAAGCUGUUCAAGUGCAAAGUGUGCUCCUUCUUCACGUGCUGCAGGAACACGUUCACAGCUCAUGUCAAGGCCGGUCACAAGAACGAGGCCACGGAGGAGCCGGCCCAGGACCUACGCUGCCCACUCUGCCUCUAUCACACCAAACAAAAGAGCAACAUGGUGGACCACAUCAUCCUCCACAGAGAGAAGCGCGUGGUGCCGCUGGAGGUGAGCCGCUCCAAACUCUCCCGCCACCUGCAGGGGAUGGUGUUCCGCUGCCACAAGUGCACCUUCACCUGCUCGUCCGACCAGGCGCUACAGCUCCACCUGCAGAAACACACCGAGGUCAAACCCUACCAGUGCCAGCUCUGCUACUUCGACAGCAGCCACCGCAGCCAGCUGGAGGAGCAUCUCCGUGUGGAGCACAAGGUGAUCCGGAACUUUGAGCUGAUGGGCCGAGUGGACCUGGAUCUGCUGGAGAUGAAGGACAGCAGCUCAGAGGGAGAGGAGGAACAGGAGGAACAGAACGGGGAAAAAGAGGCGGAAGAGGACAUGGUGGAGCUGGUAGAGGACAGAGACAUCGCUCCUGUAGAUGAAGAGGAGGACGAUGUGCAGGAAGAUGAAGAUGAAGAUGAUGAAGGACUGGAAAUCCUAGAGGACACAGCUGAAGACGUUGGAGACGAUGAUGUGCAAGAGGAGAACCAGAGAGCCGCGGAAGGAGACAAGCAGGAGGAAGAGGAGUCGAUGAAGGACGGGGACAAGUCGGCUGCACAAGCUGCCCCCAUGUCCCCGCCCAGCAGCAGCACCUCCACACCAGAGAAGCGCCUGCCCUGCGAGUUCUGUGGUCGCUGCUUCACCAACAGCGCUGAGUGGGAACGCCACGUCCUCCGACACGGAAUGGUGGUGAACCACCGGCAGACGGACUGCAGCUCCUCCUCGGCUCCAGAUCCCCCCACCUCCUCCAUGAGUUCAGCAUCAGACCUUCGCAGCAAUGAGGAAGUGACGAUUGUCGGGGACAAACAAACGCUGGACACCAAACUGCACCAACAGCUCGGCUGAACCUGGCCCAGAACCACCCGGAACCUGUAGGUUCUGGCGCUGGGUUGGGCACGUGAAACAUUUGAACCUAAAAAAAGUGACCUCCUAUUUUAUUUUGGUGUUACUUAUUUAAGUAUUUGCUGCGUCAACACAGCGGCGGCUCCAGACCCGGGCAGCCUCCUCAGACUGGUGUUUAAUAUAUUGGUACCCAAUAGUGAACAGAACCUUUACAUGUCUGCUGACCUUCUGGUCAAUCCUGCGAGUUUUUGUUUGAAUCUCCAACAAAAUUGAAGCAUUUUAACUCUUUCCAGCACCUUUAAAAAAAAAGUCACAAAAGCAUUCGACCAGCAGGGAGCGCUGUAGAGCAGAGUCUAGUGUGUGGACGUAGCACCUGAUCGAGCAAACCCGCGUUUUUAUCUGUAGAGGUAUUUAUCUUUCCCCAAACGUUUGUAGCAAAUUGCUAUUUAGGUUCCUGAAUAUUAUACUGCGUAUAAGCCCCGAAGAUUCGAUUGUUUGUGAAGUCACUCCCGGGGGAUUGAGGGUAACUGUGUGAUGGACGUUUGUGUGUGUUGUUUCAAGAGACGGAUGACACUUGUCUUCUCACUCCUCUUUUCUACCUGCAAUAAGCUUCCAUGAAAACCACUUCCUGAUUCCACAAGAGCUGGGGAGGUGAAGUGAAUUUGUCAUCUCUGUUUUGUGAUACACAUCUGUUCUGACCGAGGUUUGACUUGGUCAUCGGUGGCCCACAGACUGUUAAGACACUACUGAUCCACCAUUUACCAUCGCUGGAUCUUUGGAGACCAAAGUUCACAGUGGUAUCUCACAAACAGAAAACUCUUUAUUUAUUAAGCAGUUUCACUCAUUCGCCCCCAUGUGUUUUAAAAAGGUAAAACGUUUUUGAAAGCAAUCGAAUCCAAAUAUUGUUAAAAAAAAGCAUAUUCAAAAUGUGUCCGUUAUGCAAAUGAAGAUGAUUUAUUUUGUUUUUCUGUUCGAGUCUUUGAAGACGAGUGUCAUCUGAGAGUUUGUUUCAUUUUCGUCAUCAAGCGUGACCCCCCUCCCCCUCCCCUGAUGCUAGCCACGCCCCCUGAAGCUAACCACGCCCCCUCCCCGUCCUCCCGGGACUGUUGUCAUAUUCCGUGCUUGUUUAUCGGCGGCCCUGUCGAAAUAAAAGGCGGAGAUUGUACGGAAGCUGCUGCUCGAAGCCCAAAAGCCUUACGAGGAGAAAUUUGAUGUCAAAUUCCAAUAAAAAUGUGGAGACAGGCUUGUGAGGCCGCGCGUGUGACCCAGCAAGGCGUCCUGGAUCCGUUUGUACAGAACUUCUCGUCAAGUGUGUGAACUGUGGUGUUUCAGAAGGACGUUUUAGGUGUUUUAUAAAAGUAGAAACCAGAAACUUCUUUUUUUUUUUUUUGCUGAGGAAAGUUAUAAGGUGCUGUGAAAUGGGUCGAGAAUUUGUUUUGAAAUAUUUGGUCAAGAAUCUGCUCACGUUAUUAUCGUUUUUGAUCUCUGUUCCAAAAUUACCUGGUUAGUGAACGCACCAUGGUUCCACAGUUCACCUUUGUUGGUCAACAAAAUGAGGGCAGUGAACGCACCAACAAACAGACAUUCGAGGUCACUUUUUUUGUUAUGUUAAAAUGAAAAGUAGGAAAAUGGGCAUCUUAUUUUUGAGUAACUCCACACAAAAACUGUGUAAAUAAAGCUGACGGUGCGUUCACAUGCUCCUCUGUUGGCUCUUGUGUGGUGCUUAAUAUAAAACUCAAGCGAAGUCAGAUUUACAUUUUAAGAAUUCACCUUUGUUUUAUCAUUUCAUUUGUUUGCACUUUUUAAACAAAUGACCCUUCAGUUUCUGGAACAAACGUGGAGAAACACAUUUUCUCCACUGAGAGUUGUGAGAAGCGCCGCACUGAGGUGCACUCCUCGGCCGCUCGGGGUCAUCCAUGUCUAAAGGCGUCUCGCUGGGGUCGUGCGAGGUGAGAGCUCACGUUUCUCUUCUUUUCUUUCGGGAAUGUAGCAGCUGCUGGUCUAUAGCGAACCCUGGAGACGUGGAGUUGGUGCUAACUGGAGCCUGAUGUUAGUUGAAGUCGUUGUAGUUACUUCUUUUGUAUUUAAACCCAGAACCAGCCCGGGACGGGUGUUUAAGCUGUUUAUCCCCCUGUGGUCUUGUACCCGCUCAUGAAUCCUUCACUGUGUUCAGACUUUAGACUAUAAUGUUCCCGUUCGACCCGGAGCCGUGUCCCGCUGACAAACACUGGAUCUGUGUAAAUACGUUGUGGUCCCGGGACCGACGUGGUCCUGCUCACUCUCUUGCCUUCUACUCUUCCCGUUGAAACCCGACACCCGACGGUGGGUCGUGAUGUUGCCUAGGAUGAUUGUUUACAAUUUUAUUCCAUGUACCUGGAUAUUCUGUACAUAUUGUAAUUCACUGUCUUUUUUAACUUGAUAAUAAAGUUAUCAGAUAACUGUUGACCGUUG